CAUGCAAAUACAUUCCACUAAAGUUUUGUUUGUUUGUGUGUGUGUGUGUUUGUGCAAAAGGGCUCUGAAUGAAUAGCUUUUUUUCUUGGCUCAGUCUCUUGUUGCAUUCCUCAGCUGUGGCAGGUCCUCACAGGUUCUGGACUGCCUCUGUGUGUGUGUGUGUGUGUGUGUGUGUGUGUGUUUGCAUGUGGUUGCAUAUGAGCCUGUGGCCUGUGCUACUUUAUGUGCUUGACUUUACAUCAAAAUUGUGUAGGUAAUGGGUGAGGGAGAGAACAGGGUGGGCAAAAGGAAAAUGAGGAGGUGGGGAAGUGUGCAGCAAGAGGAAGCGCAAAGCCAAAACAAGUCCAACUUAAACGUAACAUGCAUUUAACAUUUAUCAAUAAUAUGUUGAGAACCAUCGUCCAUUUCCUGAGUGUGGAUUGUCCUCUUGACACCAGAGCAGUAGUAGUACUGUAGGUAAGCGAGCUCACCCAUUAGAAGAAGAAGUCUGCUUUCUGUUCAAAAAUCAUACAUGUUUUGAUUCAUGCAUAAUAUCUCUUUCUUUUAGUCAGUUUGUGGGUGGCUCCUUGUGACAUUUCUCUCUCUAAGUCUUUGGAGGAAACAAGAUUUAGCACGCCUGAUGCAUCACUCUCUAAAGCUGUCACUCUGGGCUGUCCAGCUGCAUGCAUGUGUUCAAACAUAAUUCUCUUGCUCAAGCUUUUUUGGGUUAGGGUUAGGGGGUUAGGGUACAUAUAUCAUGGUAUAAAGUUGAUAUCACAAAAAAUUGCUUAUUUACACGUCCAGCAGACACGGAACAACAUUAACAUUAAUUUGGAGUCAUGUUUUUUGACCACCCAACAAAUGUAAGUCCAAUAUUCACUCCCUUUUAGCUCUGUUUUGAUUUCCACCAACUCCUGGGGAAAAUAUCUGGUUCUUUAGCUGCUAAAAGCUCCACUUUGUCCGCCAGGUAUAGUCUCUAACUUUGUCUGUGUGCUAUUUGGUGCUGUGCAGGUAGCAUACAGUCAGUUUAUUAGCGCUUUGCUAAAAAGGUUACUCCAAAUGACACUUUUCACAUUAAACUUAGUCAUGUACUGUCCAUAUAAAAACAUUGAUUAAUGUACCUACAAUUUUGGUCUGCCACACAAUGAACAAUAUAUAUUAUACAAUAUUGGAAGCUCUAGCAAACCAUCAAGCUAACCACAAGAGUCCUAAAGCUAACAAGGUAACCAGAAAAAAACCUCAAGGUGAUCUUUUAUUUGGAAGCUGAAUCCUUUAAUGCCUCACAAGUUUUUUUGUUGCUGUAAGUCAAGGCUAGCUCAUUCUGUCUUUAUGCUAAAUUAAGCUAACCGGCUGGUAACCAUUUAACGGACAGAUAGCGUGAUAUUGAUCUUCUCAUCUAACUCUCCACCAAAUAGCGCAUAAGCAUAUUUCCCAAAAUGUCAAACUAGUCCUUUAACUGUCAAGCUGGUAAUCAGCCAACAGCUGGGAUCUACUGACAUGCAGGGUUAAAUGCAGAACAAAUUUGUAUUUUUAUUAUUGAAAUUACAAUGUAUAAAGUAUUUGUUUCCUCAGAUCUCAAUAUAUGCUGUUAACGCAACCUUGCAUGUACGGUAUAUCUUUGUCUUGUGUUAAAAAUGCCCUCUGUGAGGUUUUACUCAUCAGUUUAUAUUUAGUGUCCUUCUUAAUGCUGUUUUAUACUAGUAAGACUAAUAUUGGUAUAUGUAUAAAUGAUACAGAGGAAUUUGUGAUAAGUGUUAGUGGGAUGCCAUUUGACUCUCAGCUGUAGUUUCUCAUGCUAGUUUCCUAUUAUGUUACUUUGUUUAUGUCAAGUAAAAGAUGGUUGCUUUCAUUCAUAUGUGUUUGAUCUGUCAGACAGGGAAGAGAAUGGGAACCUACUGUUAGUGCAGAGGAAGGAGAUGCAGAGAGGAAAGAGAAGCUGUGAGAACACAAAUACAUCCAUGGACAUAUUAACUUCAUCUUCAUCAUCUUUCCCUGAGCCCUGUCGUAGACACUGGCUCCCAAUCCCCAGAAGUUAUAAAUUCCUGAAAAUUCUGGGCGAAGGUGGCUUUGGAAAAGUGGUCAAAUGUGUGAAACGAGGCAGUGAACACACUGUGGCCAUAAAGAUCGGCAAAAACUUCCACAAUCUCAGACAGGAGGCAUCCAUGCUGAAAGUCCUCAUGGGCCACAACCUGCACAAGUUUAACAUCAUCAAGUUUUAUGGCAAGUUUGUUGUGCGAAGUAGGACUAGUCUGGUGUUUGAGAUGUUGGACAUGACCCUUCAGGACUACCUAUUGGAUUUAGAAGGCCCAAUGCAGCUGGAGGACAUCAGAAUUGUCAUCCAACAGAUGGGCACAGCAUUAAGUGCUCUGAAAAGGAUUGGCGUGAUCCAUACUGAUGUGAAAAUAGACAACAUCAUGAUGGUGGAUCACGUGAGGCAGCCAUUCAGGGUGAAGCUGAUCGACUUCGGCUUGGCAAUUUUCAGAUCUCAAGCCAAGCCGGGCAAAGCUCACCAAACACCCCGCUAUAGGGCCCCAGAAAUUAUGUUGGGUCUCCCAUUUUCUGAGGCCAUAGACAUCUGGUCGCUGGGCUGCGUGAUGGCAAUCAUGGUGUUGGGCUUUAUGCUCUUCCCGGGGAAAAUUGAAUAUGACAUACUACGAUUCAUCAUCGACCUCCUGGGUCCGCCACCUGACCAUCUCGUUAGUGCUGGGCGGAAAUCCAGGGUGUUUUUCAAGAAAACAGAUUCGGAUCAGUGGAUGCUUAAAACAUCUGAGGAGUAUUGGGGCCCAACAAAUUACUCUGUCGACGACAGGUUCUACACAUUCCGUUCUCUGGAUGAAAUUAAAAUGAUGCGUCUUGAGAAAGAUAACCCCACAGAGGCUGAUGAGAGGAGGGAGUGCAUUGAACUGCUGAAGGCGAUGCUCAAGUGGGAUGAGAAGGAGAGGAUUACCCCCAAUGGUAUUCUCCACCAUCCAUUCAUUACCAAGAGCUACCUCAACAGCAGCUCCCACCUCAGCUCAUGUAGCAGUGAACCUUCGGAGUCUGCAGCAGCUGAACCCAACACCAGCUGGGCUCAGACCAGGACCAGUGAGAGCAUAGUGGCAACCCAGGUUGAUGGCAGCAGUGAAACACUGCCAUCAUUUGUCAUCAUGGUUCGGCCUGCAAGCCCCAUGAACAGAAUACACCUGGAGGAGACAUCCGAUCGGGACAGUGAAAGGAGUCCCCACCCUGCUGCAGCUCCUGCCACUGCUCUGGACGCCACCAGGAUCCACAAGGAACACAUAGACAUCUCACCCACCACCUCUGACAAGAAGAAGAAAGGGAAGAACUGCUUCAAACGCUUCUUCUCCUGGAUGAAGAGGACCGUUUUCUCUUGCUGCUACGCAGACAACGUACAAGAGUGAAGAUCUCUACAAAGGUUGUGUAGCAAAAUACCUGAGAACUUGCUCUAAAGUGUUCUGCUACAAAAGCAUUUGUAGUCCUCCUUAUGGGCAGCAUGGUGGCUCAGUGGGUAGCAUUGUGGCCUCACAGCAGAAGAUCCUGGUCUUUUCUGUGUGCAUGUUCUGCCCGUGUUUGCAUGGGUUUUCUCCGGGUGCUCCGUUUGCUCCCACAGUCCAAAGACAUGCCUGUUAGCUUGAUUGAAGGCUCUAAAUUGCUGCAAAAUUUAAUAUGAUCUGAAUUCUGGAUUGAAUUGGCUAUUCCGAAUUGGCAGGGAAAAGGAAGAAUGCAAUUAAUCAAUCCCCCAAACUGAAUGGAAAUCAAAAAAUGAAGAAGAAUAAUAUGGGCCUGCAGAUAGCUGGGAAUAUCCGGACAAUUUAGCAGUGAAGUCCAGUUCUAUUUAUAUUAGAGCACAAUCUCAGUUGAAAUUUUCAGCCACAAUAUGUAAAUACUACUUCAAAAACAGUAAAAUGAGCUCACUGCAGUUUAAAAUGGACCUUUUCUGGACCUUAUACUCUACAUCAGAUGAGAGGCGAUCUGGCAGAAAUUUGGUCUGAUUCUAAAAUUAGCCAGGGCAACCAUUUCAUAGUUGAAAAUGGGCUUAAUCUGUGUGUAUAUAUAUAUAUAUAUAUAUAUAUAUAUAUAUAUAAUCUGUAGUUUCUGUUUAAGCAGCAUGCAGGGGGCAAUUAGGUGGGAUGUGGGGGAGUUUAUCAAAAAUGAUUUUGCUAGGGAUGCCCAGAUCAAUCGACCGCCGAUCGUUAUCGGCUGAUAUUCAACACAAUUCAAUGCUGCGCAUCUUACAGACAUGAAAAGUACCAUUGAGUAGCUCCACACCUGUCAGUGAUGACACAGAAAUGAGGAUGAAUAAAAAAAAAAGAUGUGAAAUCUCAAUUCACUGCUCACUAUUGUGUAAACUAUUGAGUGUCUAUUAUAUAGGGGGUAGUGAGUGAAUGAGUGAGUGAGGGAGGGAGUAAGUUCGGCCACAUCCCUAGACUACAGUGUAUACAGCAUAAAUAUGAGUGUAUGAGUAUAAGUGGCACAGAUCACAGAUGAAGUGUUUCAUGCUAUCUUAAAGUUACAUUCCCGUAGCUUUAGUUUAUGCUAAGUUAGAGAGUGAGAGUAAACUGAAAAAUAGUUGGCAACAACUGAGUAUAACCUCAGGCUGAUGCUAAAUUGCCAAUGUUAGCUUAAAUGGCUCGGCCCUGUACAGGGUUUAUACAGAUUUAUAUUUAGAUGUUGAAUUGUUCUUGAAUUAUGAGUGGGCCACUUGACAUUGCACUGCAAUGCCAUCACUGAGACAUCUUCCUGGGAUUUUGUAUCGCUCGUCAGACAGCAAAUGCUAGCAAUAGCUGGCUUUAUACAGUAGCAUUAUCUCACUGUCACAUCACUGACUGAUUUAUCUAGUCAACUGUAUUAUUGUAGCAGUUCUCAGAAAACUUUGGUCACCAGUUGAAGGUCCAACUCUCUCUCUCUGUUUCAUUUACAAAUUAUUGUGUACAAAACAUUGCCAUAUAGCAAAAUGUCUGUGAGUGUGCCAGGCCGAGACUAUUGUUUAUAGACACAAGUCUACGUCUAUAAACCUAAAGCUGGCUGCUUUUGUCUAUUGUUUGACCACUUGGAGGCAGAAGAACUCCACAAUAAGAUGAAAGACACACACCUCUGACAUUGAUUUGUUGUUAAUAAAGCAAAUGAGCAUACUUUGCAAAAUGUUGACCUAUUCCUUCAAAUAUCACUGUUUUGUCACAAGUUUCUGCACACAGUUUGCACUCUCUUGAUGCCUAGUUGCUAUAAUGCUCAUAAAGGGAAUUGUUUUAUUUCACUUUACUCAGUGUCUUUAAAAUUACACUUUUUCCUUGCUUUAUGAGUAACCGAUGUGGCUAUGGACCACGCUGUAUGUGAAAUGUGAUAUCUGAUCAAUAACUCAGACACAACUGGUCUCUGUUGAGGUAUAAGUAAGACUGGGUGAGAACAGUCACAAUGAAUCUGUGAGACAAAAGCACACUUUGUAGGCACUGCAAGAGAAAGAAACUGGGUCAUCUCCUCACUCUGUCCCUGUUAUUAUCUGUUA